AUGAAUGUCUGUGUUCCAGAUGCCACAUUGAAACAGGAAUUCUACAUUGUGGCCUUUUCUACCUAUGAAAAUGUAUGGUACAUCUUGUUUGUUGGAGUGUUUCUGGUAUUUUUAAUGGCAAUAUGUGGCAACUUGCUAAUCACAGUUCUCAUAUGGAUUUUUCCUCAUCUUCACACUCCCAUGUACAUUUUCCUUUGCAAUCUAUCAGUUUUGGAUAUUAUUCAUGUGUCUGCAAUCUUGCCAAAGCUAAUGUCUAUUGUGUUAAAAGGAGACUACAAUAUUUCUUUUGUAGGCUGCUUAUUACAAAUGUUUAUAUUUGUCCUUUGCCUAAAUACAGACUUUUUACUACUUACAUCCAUGGCUUAUGAUCGUUAUGUUGCCAUAUGUAUUCCUCUUCAGUAUUCCAUCAUUAUGAACUUUAAGACAUGUGUCAAGUUGGCUUCAGCUUGUUGGGUUAUUGGUGCCAUAAAUGCAGUAAUGCACUCCUUUUUCAUGUCACAGUUAGCGUUUUGCUAUAGUAAAACUAUUAACCAUUUCUUUUGUGAUUUAAGGGCCAUUCUGAAACUGUCCUCAGAUGAUAUAAUGCAUAUAAAAACAAUAAUAUUUGCUGAAGGUGUGUUAUUUGGUUUUAUCCCAUUUAUACUUGUAUUGGCUUCUUACAUAUGUAUUAUAUCUGCUAUCUGUAAGAUCCACUCAACAGCAGGUAGACUGAAGACUUUCUCCAGCUGCUCCUCACACAUUACCAUUGUAAUCCUCUUCUGUGGAGCGUCUCUCAGCCAGUAUAUGAAACCAGAGACUGAGCAGUCUGAGGAACAGGACAAGUUGUUGUCUUUACUUUAUAUUGCUGUUGUACCCAUGUUAAACCCUUUAGUUUACAGUUUGCGAAACAAAGAUGUUUUACUAGCCUUGAAAAUCAUCAUUAAAAUCGUUAAAAGUGUCUAA